AUAUUUGAUCAAAUAUUUUGACAAAACGGUGCCAAUCUGUAAGCAGUGUAAUGACAUCAUCCUAAGUAAACAACUCAUUUAUAAACACAGACGUCAGUUCAAACAUACAAGACUGAUAUUUGGGGCACUGAUGUAAACACAUUACAAUCCAUACUGAUAGUAAGACAUUAAGAACGUCAAGUAAAGAUAAUGGAGAGUUGUAGCAUAAUAAACUAUCUGAUAGACAUUGUAGAUACAAAAUACAUCUGUACCUCCGGAAAACUAGCAUCAUUAUACAUCUUGAACAAACUCUUUCUCAAAGAGACCAGAACCAACCUCCUAGUAAAAUGUUUAAACACAGAACUCACCCCAGCUUUAUUGACAAUGAUAGAUUCCGGAUUAAAUAAAGUUAAUGAUCCCUUAGAUACAGUUUGUAUUUCGGUUGCCAUGGAGAUUUUAAGUCAGUUUUCUAAACUUCCAGUUUGUUCUAUUCAGUGCUUGAUUACAGAAAGUGUAUUUCUUAAGUUGCUAGAUUACUUAAACAGUGGUAGCAAUUUUUAUCAGUUUCCUAGCAAUGCUAAAAGAGAACUGACAGAAAUAUGUGAGGGGAAACAACUUUUGGGAAAAGUCAAGACAAUUUCUAUGGCAACAGAACCUUUGGACUAUAUACACAGACACACACAACACAAGCUGAAAAGAGUACCAGACAAGAUUAAGGUGUGUAGAUUAAUGGAUACACAACGUGAAGAAGAUCUAGACAUCUGUCAACAUCUAAUAAAUAAACAACUAGCCUGGCCAGGUAGUUUUCCAGGGGAAGUUGUUAAUGAUACAGAUGACUGGGAGAACAUCAUUGUCACUCAGGUGCUUGAUGGAUGCAUGUUCUGGGGGCAAGUAGGAGAAAAUGCAAUAAAAAGUGUGUUUGAUAUACAGCGACAGCUAAAUGAUAUAGAAGAUCAUGUUCAACAAUCAAAUGUUCUAGUGGGGGAUACUGUUGUAGUUUAUGGGGAGAUUAUGGGAAGUCAUUGCUUCCUCAGAGCUCAGGUAUUAUCCUGCGAUGGAGGACGUGUAGAAGUUUUCGCCAUUGAUUAUGGUUACACGUUGAAAGUUUUAGAUAGACAUGUGUUUAUGUUGCCAGAAAAACUAAAUACAAAGUUUGUCAAGAGGAAAAUAUCUCUCUGCUCUGUAGAUGGUGUAUCACCACCACCAUAUGAUGAGAGUCUGUCACACAAUGCUGCUGCCAUCUUAGUGAAUCUGUGUAAACAGAGUGUAUCUGCAGGAGAGCUUCUCGAGAAACUUGAUGGGAUUCAGAUAAUCAAGAAUGUCUUACUGGAAUGUCCGAAACCUAAAGUGACAGCUCAGGUGUUGACGAUACUUCUCAACCUGUCAGCAUGCUAUGGGAUGGUAACAACUAUUGUCAAAGCUGGAUUUCUUGAAAUACUUAUAGACAUGAUAUCAAGUUACUGUGAGAGAGGAUCAGAAGAUGAGGUAGAUUCUCUACAUGCCACUAAUGAUGAGAAGUUGUUACUGGCAAGGUGUGUCAUGUGCCUAUCAAACCUCAUUAGUAGAAAUUUGGAAACAAGAUCACAGUUUUAUAAACAGCAAGGUGUUGAUAAGAUUAAUGAACUGAUGAUUAAGGUGGAGAGAAAUGAUCCUUUAUAUUAUUUCUGUGUCAAGUUGCUGAGAGUAUACCUGGGAAAUUACCAGAUAAAAUCUGUACCAGAACCUACAGAACUGCAGAACUCUAAAAAUGACAAAAUUGCUCAAAGAAGAACUUGUCCUAAAAAUAAGAAUUCACCAGAUCAGUUGUUCAAUGAUGAAUUUGACAGUGACUCUGAUCCAGAAAGUCAAAAUAUACAUGGUAAGGGAUGUUCCAGUACACCUGUACCAGAUAACAUAGAGAGGUCACAGGGUUACUAUCUUGGUGAAAGGUUGAACAUAUAUGAUGAUGAACAACAUGAGUUGUGUCCACAGAAAUAUGUCAAGGGUAUACAUGUGUUAUCAUUUGCUAAACAUGUGUGUGGCAUGUUAAAUACAGGUCAUGGUGGUACUAUUUACUUUGGCGUAGAUGAAAAUAGCGAGGUGUUUGGUCUUGAGUUAACGAGGGACGAGAAGGACCGGUUCAGACUCGGUGUAGACCAGCACAUGUUUAGUAAGAUCUCUCCGGCUCUACUACACUCACAGUUCAGUAUUAAAGAUGUUCCGGUCAUUGAUAGCAACACCGGACAGUCCGUUCCAAACCAUUAUGUGAUAGAGAUAAAUGUGCGGGGUAGUAAAGGAUCUAUAUACACUAUGAUAGAUGGAGCAUGCUAUUAUAGAUUUGGAUCGGAUACUUGUAAAAUAUCUCGACAGGAGUUACGACAGCUGAUUGUAUUAGAGGAUGAGACCAGUUAUUGUACAGAUAUCAUGAAAUUAUUGAGAGAGAAACAACAGCUUAUUCAAGAACUACGACUCACUGAUACUCCACUCACACCAUAGGUUGUUUCCCUUGCUAGUCCAAAAACCUUAUAGGGGUCUACCUCAGUUGAAAGUGGGUUUUUUUGUGUGCAAUUAUUUUUCUUUACUCUGUGUCUUUCAGUUUUAUUUUGACUAGGCAUAUACAAUGUAUGACAUAUUUCCCAUAGUUGUCUCAGCUCCAAAAGGCAUAAAGUAUCCAAGAUAUGCAGGGUUUUGAUGUAAAUCAUUUUUUUUUUAUCUAAUUAAAAAAAAUAACACACAAAAAACAACAACAAAUGAUUGAUACACAUGCAUGUACCUGUGACUAGCAACCUAAUCUAGACCAUGUGUAGACAGUAGUUUAUAUAUUUUAUUGUCAGAGAAUUAAUUUAUAAAUACUGUACCAGUGAAAGUUUAUAUUUUACAAGAAAUGUGCAUUUAAUAUAUUUUCACUGUACAAAACUAUAUUUUAUUUUAAAGUAAACUAACAAUUGUCAGUAUUUAAAAUAUAAUAUUUUGAUUACCUACUAAUAGAAAUAUGAAUAACAGUUCUAUAAAAAAAGUUUGAAUCAGUCUGAUGCAUUGUUUAUACACCAAAGACAGCUAUACUUAUCUUGUAGGCAAACAGAUUGUGCUGGUAGUGUAUUGUAGCUAGGUUGUGAUCAUAAACUUUGUCAUAGCCUAUACAUAGUGAAAGUGUUAAAUCAUUGUCGUCGUUUUUUGUGUGUGCUUUUUUGAAAGAUUGAAUUCAUUUGUAACCAUAUGUACAGAAGUAUCAAUGGUACGGACUAAGUUAUAUUCCAAGACUCAGAUUGUUCAAGUUACAUUGUAUGAUACAAGUUCUUUUAAUAAAGUAAUCUAUUUUUUACAGCAUUCAUUUGUCAGUUAACAUUUUAGUUCUGUUGUUAAAGAACACAAUUGACAAUUUGAGGUAGUGAUAUAAGAAUAUAAGAUAUAGCAAGAUAUAGUUGUUUGAAUUUUCCUAUCAGUUAUUAUGUAUAGUGGUAUGAGAAAUACCUAGAAUUCUUUGUAUUAAUAAUUAUAUUGAUAAUUAUAUUUUCUAAUUUACAUUAAUUGAUAUAAGAAAUAUCAUUUAAUUGUUGAAAUUUUCUUUUAUUGGUCAUUAUAUUUUUCCAAUUUAUACUUGCAUUGAAGUCAUUAGGAAAUGACAUGUAUAAUGCCGUGUUUUUAGUUUCUUUGUUUUAA